AUGGGUCAAUUGAAAGAUUCUAGCCUAUUUGUCAAAUCAAAUGAAGGAAAACUAGCUAUCGUGCUUGUAUAUGUUGAUGACUUAGUCAUCACCGGUGACGAUGGAUCAGAAAUUCUUCAGACAAAAGAGAAUUUAUCAGUCCAAUUUCAAAUGAAAGAACUUGGACAACUCAAGCAUUUUCUUGGUUUAGAGAUUGACCGCACACAAAAAGGAAUAUUCCUUUGUCAACAAAAGUACUCCAAAGACUUGUUGAAAAGGUUCGGAAUGCUCGACUGCAAACCAAUCUCAACACCUAUGGAAUCAAAUUUCAGAAUGUGUGCACAUGAAGGAAAAAGCUUAGAAGAUACAACUAUGUAUCAAAAAUUGGUAGGCAGUCUCAUCUACUUAACCUUAACUCAACCUGAUAUUUCUUAUGCAGUUAGUGUAAUAAGUCGGUACAUGCAAAAUCUAAUGAAGCUUCAUUUGGAAGCAGUUCGACGAAUACUAAGAUAUGUGAAGAGCACAAUUGAUUAUGGUCUUGUGUAUAAAAGAAUUGGAGACUGUAAGUUAGUUGGUUACUGUGAUGCUGACUAUGCAGGAGAUCAUGACACCAGAAGGUCAACAACUGGUUACUUAUUUAAGCUUGGUUCUGGAGCAAUUUCUUGGUGCAGCAAGAGACAACCAACUGUAUCAUUAUCAAGCACUGAAGCUGAGUAUCGAGCAGCAGCAAUGGCAGCUCAAGAAAGCACAUGGUUGAUUCAACUAUUAAAUAACCUACAUCAACUAGUUGAUUAUGCAGUUCCAAUAUAUUGUGACAAUCAAUCGGCAAUUCGUUUGGCGAAAAAUCCGAUCUUUCAUGCAAGAACUAAACAUGUUGAAGUGCACUAUCAUUUUAUCAGAGAAAAAGUUCUCCAAGAAGAAAUUGAGAUGAGACAAAUCAGUACAGAUGAUCAAGUUGCAAAUUUGUUCACAAAAGGCUUGAGCGCCAGCAAAUUCAAAAGGUUUCGUGAUCAACUCGGCAUAGUACAAAGGGUUGGUGUUGAGGGGGAGUGUUAA